AUGACAGAUAUAAAUGACGCUAAAGAAUUAACAGCAGAUAAACUUGAUGAAUAUUCACAAACAAUUUCUACUAAAAUUGAAGAUUUACGACGUUCAACCGGAUUAACCGAAGAUCAAAUGUCCGAAGUAUUUGACGAAAUCGACUCUCAAUUAAAAUCAACUAAAACAAGUGUAAACAAAAAUGUAAGCAACACGUUACAUAAAAUCAAAGAAUCGUACAGUUUAGCUGCAGCAAGAAGAGACGUAUUAAUUCAAAAAUCAUCAAAUCGCAUUCAACAAGAUAUUCAUAAUUUUAAUGACGUCAGUAAUGAUACAAUUGAAUGGUUUAUUGAUGAAUUUAAUAAAACCACCAGCAGUCUUGCAAAAGCUAGGGUUCUGCCACAACUUACACUUGUAGUACAUGGUAUUCAAGAAGAACUAUUUAAACGUAAGAUCUCGACACAAGAAGAUCUCGAGAGAGUCUCCGAAAAAUUAACGUCUGCAGUUAAAUCGACAAUGACCCUCUCUUACGAGGAUUAUAAAAAAUCACUAAACAACAUCCUAUAUCGUGUUAAACAUGAAUUGACUAAAACAGUAGGCGGUACAGCCGAUUAUAUUGUUGAAGAACUCAGAUCUCAACUUGAAACAGCUAAUGAUUACAGAUUGCUAACGCAAGAAAAAAUACAAGGUGCAUUGGAUAGUAUUAGUAAAAAAUAUUACGACAGUAAAAACCUGACAUCAGAACAAUAUAAACACAUUAAAAAUAUAUUCAGUGAAUAUUUUAAUAGUUUACUCGGCUUUUUCAGUUCCGCCACAGAUAAAAUUAGGGGAAGAAGUCGAGAAACAAUAGAAACGGCAGAUGAGAAAGCUGAACGAUCAAUUAGUUACGUUAAAAAUUAUUUGAAUGAUGUGGUUAAAAACCAAAAAACUUAUGGAAAUCAAAAAAUCGAUCAGUUAUUGGAGGCUAUGAUUAAACAAGUUUCUUCCACACAACAAUUGACAAAUGAACAACUCGAUACUUUAACUAAAACACUAAAAGAUAAACAAGGACCAUUCAAAAAUACCAAAAGCGUCAAAGAUAUCACUGAAGAUACAAUCAAUGCAUAUGUCACAUUAUUGAGGGAUAGAUUUAAGGAAUUUGGUGAAAAGAUCAGCGAUACAAAAGAUCAGGUCGGCGAAAAGAUUGUUGAUACAAAAGACCAAAUUGGUCAGAAGAUUUUUGAUACAAAAGAACAAAUUGAAAAGAAGGUAGAGGAUUAUAGAAAGGAAGAAUUGUAA